CAGCACCGCCGCAGAAGAAGAAGUGUGUGAGUGAGACGGGCGAAGCGAAGAAGGCAACCGAAAGACGCCGUAAAGAACCGUCGGUCUCUCUGGGCCGGGAAGAAAGAAUACGGCCGCAACACGAUCAAGUUGAAGAGCAUCCGGUCGUCCGCGGGCAGACAGACAGCAGCGACAGGAAGCGGGCCCGAGCGAGCAGGCAAUUGGCAAAAUCAACGGCCUACUACCAUUUCUUCACGGUGCGUUCGUCCGACUGAACGCGUUUUCGCGUGUCGCGCGUCUUGGGUGUGCACUGUUGCAUAAAAUUCGUUACUGCUGAUUUGCUGACGACGGUAAACGUUGCUCACCUGUAUGAAAAAAACGAGAGCAAACUACGGCUACUACUACUACUACUACUACUACUUCUGCCGCUGCUGCUACUAGUAAAAGUGCGCAUAGUAGAAGGAGCCAGGCGCUAACGGAAGGUGCGUGUGUUACUACUCCCAGUGUGUGAAUGCGCAUUCGCGUGUGCGUGCGAGUGUACUGCUGCUGCUGUGUUUGGUUAAAACAGAAAUUAUCAAAAGCAUCCAAAGGAAUCGUAUCCAAGCAAGCGGCUUAGUGUAUGUGUACGUGUGGUGUGUGUUUGUGCAGUGAAAUUUUCGAUACAACAUAGCCGAAACAGGAAGCUUGAGAUUCAUCACUUCGGCUCCAAACGGAUCCGGAUCUACUUGAGACGUGCCACGCUGCGUACGCGAGUGUAGUCGGUGCUCGAAGCACUACUGCGGUUGUUCCAGUCGACGGAUUUUCGGUGGUGUGCGUUCCGGUUCUGUCUGGCGCUGGUGCACAACCGCAACGCCGAACCACACACGGAAGUGACUCGACGUUAUUUCGUGACCAAAGUUGGAUCGAGUUUGCUUGAGAAAGAGGAGAAAUUUCUAGUGUGUGAAUACUUCGCGUCUCUCAAAGCUAACGUAGGAAAGAGUGAUCCGCGCAAACAAAAAUACCGGCAUAUUGCGGUUAGAGACAACCUUGCACGACCUCAGGGCGCGGCUGGAACUUUGUAACGUAACAGUAUGGCUUCCAAAACUGCCCAAAGCACACCGGCAAUCGCAAUCUCAACGCCAGCAACAUUGAAAACAGCAACCUCAACCACGGCACUGACGUCCAGCAUGUCCGUCUCGUCCGGUGUCAGCAUACCGUCGCUGCUGUCGACAUCGUCGGCCGAAUCCGCCAUGUCGGCCACGUCUUCAGCCACCAACCCGUCGACGAUCGUGAAGGCGGGCUGGCUGUACAAGCGGGGCGAACACAUCAAAACCUGGCGAUCGCGUUACUUCAUACUGAAGAGUGACGGGACGCUGGAGGGUUACAAGAUACGGCCCGAUCUCCAGUAUCCGACCGAACCGUCGAACAAGUUCACCGUGCGCGACUGCCAGAUCAUGUCCAUCGAUCGGCCCCGCCCGUUCACCUUCAUCAUCCGCGGCCUCCAGUGGACCACGGUGAUCGAGCGCAUGUUCCAUGUGGAGGGUGAGAACGAGCGCAAGGAAUGGGUGGACGCAAUCCGUAGCGUUGCGAACAAGCUAAACGAGGAGGAGGUGUAUCAGGCGACGCUACCGAACCAGACCGCUGACGAUGACUGCGAAAUGGGUUCGAUCGCGGAGGACGAGCUGGAGCUGGAAAAGAUGCCCGUGUACGGUACGGCGAUGGAUAAAGUGAGCGGCAAACGGAAGGUGACGCUGGAAAACUUCGAGUUCUUGAAGGUGCUCGGUAAAGGCACGUUCGGUAAGGUGAUUCUGUGUCGCGAGAAAACUACAUCGAAGCUGUACGCAAUCAAAAUCCUGAAGAAAGAUGUCAUCAUACAGAAGGAUGAGGUUGCACAUACGAUGGCCGAAAGUCGCGUGCUGAAAACGACGAAUCAUCCCUUUUUGAUAUCACUAAAAUAUUCGUUCCAAACGGUGGAUCGUUUGUGCUUCGUGAUGCAGUACGUCAAUGGCGGUGAACUGUUCUUCCAUUUGAGCCGCGAACGCAUAUUUCCCGAGGAUCGGACGCGCUUUUACGCGGCAGAAAUUAUUUCCGCCCUUGGGUAUCUCCACUCACACGGCAUCAUCUAUCGCGAUUUGAAGCUGGAAAAUCUUCUGCUGGACAAAGACGGACACAUUAAGAUAGCCGAUUUUGGGCUGUGCAAAGAAGACAUUACGUACGGUCGAACAACGAAAACGUUCUGCGGAACACCGGAGUAUCUGGCGCCGGAAGUGCUGGAGGAUAACGAUUACGGCCACGCAGUCGACUGGUGGGGUACGGGUGUCGUAAUGUACGAGAUGAUUUGCGGUCGGCUACCGUUUUACAAUCGCGAUCACGAUAUACUGUUCACGCUGAUACUGAUGGAGGAGGUGAAGUUCCCGCGCAACAUAAGCCCGAACGCGCGCAGCCUGCUCAGUGGGCUGUUGGUGAAGAAUCCGAAGCAGCGGUUGGGCGGUGGACCGGACGAUGCGAAGGAAAUAAUGGCCCAUCCGUUCUUUGCCAGCAUCAACUGGACCGAUCUGGAGCACAAGCGCAUUACGCCACCGUUCAAGCCGCAGGUAACGAGCGAUACGGACACACGCUACUUCGAUCGUGAGUUUACCGGUGAAAGUGUGGAGCUGACGCCAUCGGACAGUAAUGGACCGUUGGGCGCCAUUCAGGAGGAGCCUCACUUUUCGGAAUUCAGCUACCAGGAUAUGGCAUCCACCAUGAACACACCCAGCUUUAUGAACCAUUCGCACAACUUUCCACCGAUGCAGUGAGAAACGGCUGAUUUGCACCCGGUGCCGCCGGGUGUUGCGUGAAGCAAUUGCGCGCCCACUGCAGUAGUAGGACCACCGACCAGCAGAGGAAAGUGUUCUCCUCCCCCCCCGGGGGGAAACCAGCGCUUUCUCCGAGCGGUGUCCAAACUGCUGGGUAGUAACUGCUGUGCAAAGCAGCAGGGCGAACGAAAGCGGACAAGAGAAGGACACGACACAGAGCAAAGAAAUUUAAAAAUCUUUCGUUUGAGCAGGGAAGCGACGUAACCGCAGGAUGAUGACUAUUAUGUUUGUAACAUGCGUUCCAAUAGCCCAGUUUUGUGCCGUAUCUGUCUGCCAGCAGCAGCACACAGCCAACAAGGGGUCCGAUAUCGCGUCGAGUUGCCUGUAUAUUGGGAGUUUGACCAACCAGGGAGUUGAAAUGACCUGGGCGUGGAAGAACGGUAACUCGACUAUUGAUAUCGUUACUUCCGGACCGGAAAGACGAGUUUUGAUCUUACGAAAAAGAUUCCUUUUUUUACCACACCAAACCAACCACUUGAACAUCACAACAGCAAUGAAAACAACAGGUGAAACAAAACCGAACAUCCCAAUCAUUUCGGGUGAAGUAGAGAAACAGCAAAGAAAAAGUGAUUGGGGACAGUAUGAUAUAGAUAAUUACCACCGUGCCAACUUUUGCCAUAACACAACCACAACAACACAGAACAUAAUGAUCUCAGAUCGCGAUAGAUUAGCAGCAUCAAACAGGAAAAACAAACAAAUGGCUCAACCACCACACUCACACAUGCACUCUCUCUCUCUAUGCAGUAUCACUCAUACCCGCCUAUCUCAAGCAUAAAACCGACAGCAAACUAUGGUGUUUCGUUAUUUAGUGGAGAACCGAAUUAUUUUACCUAUCUUCUAACUGCUGCAUACACACACACACACGAGUAGAAAAUCCUUGCGCGUUUCGUUGUAAUUAUUGUGGACGGGAAUGUAAUAUGAUGGAUAUUAAGUUUUUAAGGGAGUGUGUCGUUAUAAAGUGCGACAGAUAGCCAACGAAGCCGUGGGCGAAUAAGUGUAGAAAGCAAACCAGAUUAGUUCGCGCGUGGUGAGCCGGUUGGUAAACGAUAGACCAGACCCCUUUGCUACAUUGAUUGUUUUAUACUUUUGUUGCAUACAGACACACACACACACAGACACAAUUUUGCGGGCAGUUUCCUAAUAAUUGAAUAACCUUACGGUAGCCCUUUAAUACCGGCGGUACAUGCAACGAGCGAGCCUACCCAGUAGCGCAGUAACUGGCCUCACCUGCUAAUAGGCUUUGGUUGCGCGAGAAGAAAACUCUGCUGGCGUAAGCUGCUUUUAUAGAUGAAUAAGCGUAAAGUUGCGCGAAUGUGCAUAUAUAUACCCAUAUGCAAAAGAUGGAAAGCAACGGGCUGUGAUAGAAAGAAGUUAAUAAUAUUAAUAAUCAUCAUAAUCGUAGUGUGUACGUACUAAGGAUAGAAUGCGCGCGCAUCCCGGAAAGUGACCCCAACUGCCGCCCAACAUUUGGCACGGUACCAAGUAAUAGUAAGCAAGUGGACCGAACAGGGUUGGUCACCUCGCUACACACUAACCCGGCCCAUCCGUUCGACUCUGCGCAGGGUAGACCCUGGAAUCGGGAACAGCUAUCAUUCAAGCAGGAUCAUUCUGCAGAUAGAUUGUUAAAGUCCCCGGACCCGGGGACAUACGCUAAGUUGCUAGCUUUCCUUCAUUGAAACAAAAAAAUCAUUGCGCUUUAAUAUAUGUACACGUGUUCCUUAGCAGCUAGUAUGCAAACAUAGUUUAAUCACUGCUGUACGCCGAUAUUGGGCUGCCGCGAGCUGGGGCGUUUACGGACCACCAGGGCUUUGCAGGGUAAAUCUUUCGCGGGAUGUUCAGAAUCGGUCAGAACACCGAAUUGGUUUUUUUUCUAUUCUGACUUCCCUUACACACAAGAGCCGAGAGAUUCAUACACACACACAUACAAUUAACAAGGUAUAUACUGUUUUUUGUUUAGUUUGUAGCAUACGUUAAUGUUGCAGUAACAGAUAUGGGGAGGGACAUUAAUCGGGAUCCUUAUUUCUUUAUAUUAGAGCACAUACUUUUUCGUUUAUGUAGCCGAUAGUGUCCGUGACGAGCUAGUUUUAAGUGUACCAGCGGCGAUGGUGCUGCCGUAGUAGCCGGUAGUAGUAGUAGUAGUAAGAGUGUAGCAGCACCAUGCUCCCGAUUACUAAGAACUAAUGAGAUACCAGAUAAGAGAAAAUAUCACUGCCUUAGCUAAUUGAGACAUUGACAAGAAGAAAACAAGUGCAACACUAUAUACAUAAUAGAAGGGUGGGGUGGUGUGUAAAACACUACGCUGAACAAAACUCAAAUCGAGGUGAGAAAAAAAAAGUGUUGAAGUGGGGGGCCCACACAACCACGUUCCAGAGGUUAUCAAGCGAGCGGAGCGUUACUACUUUUGUCUUCUGUUACUAAAUGAUGCCUUUUAGUUAAGUGUGGUAUCUUGUAAUGUUUAGUGCUGUAUUUUCCUUGCUUUAACACAAGCCUUUCGGGGCUACAGGGCUCUUGAUUUGCAUGAUUCGUUUAGUGGACACUGGUGCUAUUGAAUUAGAAUCCUUAACCCGCCUAUGGAAACUGUAGCAAAACGCUGCCUAAAAAUGUGCUUCUGUGCAACAACGGGAUUAAACUUUUACAUACAUAGUGAACAGGCAAGGUAGAGAAGACGAUGUUACAACAGGUCUUAAGUUAUGGUAGAUCGUUCUAGCAGAUGAGCGUGAACCUCCCCCCCAACAGGUCUUACUGCGUAUUGGCUUACUAUCCUAUACUGGUAAUGCUGAGCCAGGAGAAGGAAAAAAAAUGCAUUGAGUUUCUACGUUCUAGGCCCAGUUUUUUCCCGCGCAGAACCGAUACACUCCUAUCCGGUGUGUACAUCGCGUAAAAUAAUAAUAUUACUACAAAUACCAUCAUAAAAAAGGCCACAACUAGUGUUACAGAGAGUAAUGCAUAAGUACUAGAUAAAUUUAAUAUAAAAAAAAAGAUCAC